AUGAACCGUUAUGAUAGACAAAUACGCCUUUGGGCUAAUGCUGGGCAGAGCAAUCUUGAAACAGCCCACGUUUGCUUGGUCAAUGCAACUCCGACAGGGACGGAAGCCUUGAAGAAUUUGGUGCUACCCGGAGUUGGCCAGUUCACAAUCGUGGACUCUACAAAGGUGACAUUGAAAUCGUUGGGUGGCAACUUUUUUUUAAGUGAAGCUGAUAUUGGGAAAUCAAGAGCCGAAUCAAUUGCAAAACAUUUAUCGCAUCUUAACCCAGCAGUCCAUGGGCACCAUGAAUUACGUCCAUUGGUAGAGUUGGAUAAUACAUUCUGGUCGCGAUUUACAUGUGUUGUCGUACUGGAUUUAGUCGAAGAUUUUACGGUUCUUCAACAAAUAUUGUGGGAUAAUCUGAUUCCCUUGCUAGUCGUCGAUACCAUCGGGUACUAUGGCGCGCUCCGAAUCAUUGUACCUGAGGUAACAGUCAUCGAGACGCACGAUCCUUCAAAACUUUUGGACUUGAGGCUAGAUAAGCCAUGGCCAGAAUUACAAUCCUAUGUGGAUUCUAUUGACUUAUCUACCUUGAAUGACGUCGAUCAUGCACACGUACCUUACAUUGUGAUCUUCAUAAAAGCGCUCCAAAAGUGGAUACAUGAUAAUGGCACAGCCCCAAAGCUCUAUGCCGAGAAGUUACAAUUUCAAAGCUCAAUCGCUGAUAUGCUGCGGAACUUGGCGACAGAAGGAAAUUUUAGCGAGGCGAAAGAAGGUUAUAUUCGAGCCUUGCACAAGACAGUUAUCCCACCAGAACUUGCUCGGAUACUUGAAAGUGAAAAAGCAGAGGUUUCUAAAGAAUCAUCUAUUUUCUGGAUCUUGGUGGCUUCCUUGAAGCUCUUUAUUUCGGAGGUGGGCUCGCUUCCGUUGCUGGGGGAAUUCCCUGAUAUGGUGUCUGACACUAAAUCCUACGUGGCAAUGCAAAAACUUUAUCAUGAAAAAUCUCUUGUCGAUCAGGCUAAGUUCCUCGAAAAGGUCAAAUAUGUGAUGAUCUCGAUUGGUCGUGAUAUCGAUGAUAUCGAUGAUCAAGUCAUUAAGCUGUUUUGUAAGAAUGCUCGCCAGUUAUAUGUUGCAGAAGGCUCGGCGUCUGCUUACUCUCAUGCAUUGAUUGAAAGCUUACUCGAUUCCAAAACCGAGGGUACGAGCAGAAACAUGAACUUACUAGCGAUAUACUUUGGUAUGCUCGCUUUAAAGAAUGUUGAGGAAUCGCAGGUCGAUUUCAAAACAGUGACGAACGAGUUCAAGAAAAUAAUCCAGAAACAAGACUUACCGCAACUGAUUACUGAUACCAUAGCAGAAUUGGUGGCUCACUCAACAAGAGAUUAUCACAACAUGUGUGCUUUCAUGGGUGGUGUUGUGUCACAAGAGAUUUUGAAAUUGGCUACAAUGCAAUAUGUGCCAGUUGAUAAUUUGUUUAUUUAUGAUGGUGUGCGCCUGUUGGGGGCGUCAUGGCGGACGUAG